UAAGGUCAGAUAUCGCUGUCUACGAAAUUUAACAACUAAUUUAACUCUCUUCUUCUUCUUCUCUUGUAUUUUAUUUCCUAUUAUCGUACUAUUAUCGAAAUGUCACUUCUGAUAGCUCAAUUAGUGAACUUAGUAGAUAUUGGGAACGGGGUGAUCUUGAAAGACGAGGUUCGUCUGGCUUGCUCCCUCGUUGAUGGUAUAACUCAGCCAUUAUACGACCCAAGGGGUAACUCAUUAAACCCUUGUUUCGUUGGUGCUGUUAUCUUUUUAUUCAACGCUAUCUUUGGUGUGUUUGCCUUUUUUCAAUUAAUUACCCUUCUUUUCAAUAAUUCAUUUGGUCCUUUUAAAAUAAAAUACAGUUUUGGUUCACCUUUUAAAUUGAAAAGUGUUGGUAUCUUUCAAUUAGUUAAAUUAAAUUCAGUCUUUUUACAAGUUAUCCUUUCUAUUUUUUUGUUUUCAUUUAUUUAUACUUCAUUCAACUCCAUUAUAACCUUAGGAGUCUUGCUUUCCGUUAUCGUAAACGCUUUUGUUUUAUUACCCUUACAUAUUAUAGAACCAACUAGAUCAGUCAUUGCUAGCGCGUCACUUUUAUUAUAUUGGACUUUAUCCAUAUUGGUUUACAUAGUGGUUUUCGUGUCAGAUUCAUUUUCUCCAUAUAAAGUAUUACUUCCAACUAAUGAUGAUAUAGGCGCUGUCAUAGUUUAUACUAUUGAAAUCGGGUUAUUAUUAAACUCAAUUGUCAUCUUAGGUUUUGAAAUCGGAUUAUACGCUCCAUCUAAAGAAUUAUCAGAAUAUUUCGACUUGAAUGACUGGGAUGAAAGUUCAAGAAGAAACUUAUUUUCCGAAAUUGGAUUCUUUUGGCUUCAACCUCUUAUCAAAAAGGUUUAUGAAACAGGUAAAGUGGUUCAAAAAGAUUUACCUGCUUUACCAGUUGAUUUAAAAAGUGAAGUUAGUUAUGAAUUAUUUCACAAAAUAUGGAGUGCAAAGGAAGCCAAAGCUAAUCUUCAAUUAGAAGAAAAGCUUAAGAAACUUUCCAAUCCCUCCAAAAAGGAUAAGACAUUAAACCUUUCCUUAUUUUUCAUUUUAUUCCAAACUCACUGGGUUAGUUUAGUUAUAGCUUUCUUCUUAGAUUUAGGAGAAAUGGUAUUUGGAUUCGGUCAAACCUUUUUAUUUCAAAGAUUUAUCUUAUUUUUCAGCGGUUCAGGUGAAGCAGAAGAUGUUCAAAAAGAAAGGCCUCCAGUUAUCGUGGGUUUUACUAUUGCAUCUGCUAUUUUCCUUUGUGCAGUAGCAAGAUUCAUCAGUUUCAACAGAUACUUUGCCCAAUAUUUCUUAAUAAGAGGUAAGUUGCAUGGUUCUUUAACCAGUAUGAUUUAUAAAAAAGCUUUAAGACUUUCUCCAGAAUCCAGAAAAGGUAAGACGACUGGUGAAAUUGUGAACAACUUAUCUGUUGAUGUUUCGACGGUUAUUGAUAUGCCAACCUUUGUUGAAUUAUUAAAUGCGCCUGUCAAGCUAGUCUGUACUUUACUUGCUUUGUAUAAAAUCAUUGGUCCUUCCACUUUUUCAGGUGUUCUUGUUGCAUUUAUCUUAGUCCCAUUAAAUACCAAAGUUAGUACAUCCAUUGCUAAACUUUAUAACGAAUCCAUGACAAUUAGAGAUGAAAGAACUAGACUUACUUCCGAAAUUAUGAAUUCAGUUAAGAGUAUUAAGUUAUACUCUUGGGAAACUCCAAUGUUGCAAAGAUUAUUUGCAAUUAGAAAUGAAAAGGAAUUAGCUCUUUCCAAGAGAAUUGGUAUUUUUAACUCAUUUGCUGGUUUCCUUUGGUUCUGUAUUCCUUUCUUGGUUUCAUGCGCUAGUUUAAUGACCUUUGUAUACAUUGCUGAUGUUCCAUUAAUUCCUUCAAUUGUUUUCCCAGCCUUAACUGUAUUCAACAUGUUAUCAGAACCAAUUUUAAUGCUUCCAAACUUAUUCACCAAUUAUGUUGAAACCAGAGUUUCAGUUAACAGAUUACAAGACUUAUUCCUUCUCGAUGAAUUAGAAAAUGUUGUCGUUGAAAGAUCCCUUGACAGUAUUAACGUUGGCGAAAAUGCAAUUGAAGUGAAAAACGCUGAAUUUGUAUGGAAUAUUGACGACCAAAAGAAAGCCGCAGCUACUGAAGAAGAUGUUGAAUCUGAAGGUAUUGACAAUCUUGCUUUAUCAAUUGAUGAAUUUACUGCAAAGAAAGGUCAAUUAACCUGUAUUGUUGGUAAAGUUGGUUCCGGUAAGACCACCUUACUUAGAGGUUUCCUUGGAGAAGUUUCAGCUUUAAAGAAGGAAAAUUCUUCAAUUAAGGUAAGUGGUACCAUUUCCUACUGUGCUCAAGCUCCUUGGAUUAUGAAUGCAACUGUUAAAGAAAACAUUUUAUUUGGUUGUAAAUAUGAUAAAGCAUUCUAUGCUAGCACUAUUGAAGCUUGUCAAUUAAUACCUGAUUUUGAUGUCUUACCUGAUGGAGAUAGAACUGUUGUUGGUGAAAAAGGUAUUUCUUUAAGUGGUGGUCAAAAAGCUAGAAUUGCUCUUGCUAGAGCUGUUUACGCUAGGUCUGACAUUUAUUUAUUAGAUGAUGUUUUAUCUGCUGUCGAUGCACAUGUUGGUAAGAAAAUAACUGACGCUGUUUUGGGUCCAAAGGGUAUGUUAGCUACAAAGACUCUUGUCUUGGCUACUAAUGCUGUAACCGUUUUGCAUCAAGCUCAUGAAAUUGUACUUAUAAAAGAUAAGAAAAUCCUCGAAAGAGGAAAUUUUGAUGAAGUCAUGGACAAAGAUGGUGAACUUUCUAAGUUAAUUAAUGAAUUUGGUAAACAAGAAUUAGAACACGAAAAAGAAGAAGAAGCUGGUGAAGUUGUUACUGAAACAGCUACCGAAGUUUCCAAAUCUACGUCAAGUCUUUCCUUGAAAGAUGAUGAAAUCGUCAAAUACGAUCCGGCUGCUAUUGGUGCUGCCGCUGCAUUAGCUGCUGAAGGUGAAUUUUCUCAAUUAGAAAGAAUUGAAACCAGAAAUACACUCAGAAGAGGUAGUUUUGUUUCUUUCGAACAUAACUAUGAAGACGAUGAAGAUCAAGACGUUGUCAAAAAGACAGGUCACACUGUUGAAGAAGGUGCUAAAGGUGAGGUCAAGUUAACUGUAUAUUUAGAAUAUUUCAAAGCUUGUAAUUAUGGUUAUCUUGCCUUUUACAUUUUUUGUAUGGCUGGUAAUGUAGCUGCUACUAUUUAUGCCAACUUUGUGUUGAAGAACUGGUCCGAAAGAAAUUUAGCCAAUGGCAGAAAUGUGGAAGCUGUUUAUUACUUGGUAGUAUACAGUAUUUUAGGUAUUUCUUCCGGUUUAUUCAUUUUAUUUGCUUAUAUUAUUAUUUGGACCUUCUGUGUCAUUAAAGCAUCCAAACAUUUCCAUGACACCAUGGCUCAAAGAGUGUUAAGAUCUCCAAUGUCAUUUUUUGAAACUACACCAGUUGGUAGAAUUUUGAACAGAUUUUCAGAUGAUAUCAAUGUUAUCGAUGGUCAAAUUAUGUGGGCUUUCUUAUUAUUAUUUGAAUUCCUUUUUAAUGCUAUUGGUUUAUUAGGUGUGAUUAUUUAUAAUUUACCAAUUAUGGCACUUCUCAUUGCCAUUCUUGUUUUCUUCUAUAAUAAUGUUAGAAGUUAUUUCAUUCCGUCAUCUAGAGAACUUAGGAGGUUAUCAAGUGCUAAUAAAAGUCCUGUAUUCUCCCAUCUUCAAGAAUCUGUUACAGGGGUUGAAACUAUUAGAGCUUAUAGCCAAGUGGACAGAUUUAUUUAUAGAAACAAGACCAAUAUCAACAACUUAAUUGCCACCACAUAUAACAAUCUUUGUUGUAAUAGAUGGUUAUCAAUGAGAUUGCAAAGUAUUUCUGCUCUUAUUGUUUAUGCAUCCACUUUAAUGAUUUUAUCAACUUUAGGUACUGCAAAUGAAUUAAAUUCAGCGUUAGUUGGUUUCGUUAUGCUUAAUGCUUUAAGUGUUACUGGUGUCUUAAAUGCCAUCAUUAGAAUGUGGGCUGAUAUUGAAACAAAAUCAGUUUCUAUGGAAAGAGUUGUUGAGUAUUGUAAUUUAAAGCUGGAAGCUCCAACUGAAAUCCCUGAAACUAAACCAGAAGAAUCUUGGCCAACUAAAGGUGCUGUAUCGUUUAAGAAUUACUCCACCAGAUAUAGAGAGAAUUUAGACCCUGUUUUAAAGGAAUUAAACAUUGAUAUAAAACCUAGUGAAAAGAUCGGUAUCGUUGGUAGAACUGGUGCCGGUAAAUCAACUAUUGCUAUUUCAUUAUUCCGUAUAAUUGAAGCAUCUGGUGGUCAUAUCGAAAUUGAUGGAGUUGAUACUAGUAAAAUAGGUUUAUUCGACUUACGUCAUAAGUUAAAUAUUAUUCCACAAGAUGCUCAAACCGUUGAAGGAAGUGUCAGACAAAAUUUAGAUCCUUUCGCACAAUAUACCGAUGAAGAAUUAUGGAAUGUAUUGGAAUUAGCCCAUUUAAAGCCACAUAUUGAACAAAUGAAGACUAAGAAGGGUGCUACUAAAGAAGAAGAAAAUAAAGAAUCAGAUGAUUCAGCAGAAGACAAAGUGGUUGAAUACGAUAUUGGAUUGUCAGCCACGGUAUUUGAAGGUGGAUCUAAUUUAUCUUCUGGUCAAAGACAAUUAUUAUCAUUAGCUAGAGCAUUAUUGAACAAAUCCAAGAUUUUAAUUUUGGAUGAAGCAACUGCUGCUGUUGAUGUACAAACCGAUAAAAUUAUUCAAGAAACUAUUCGAUCUAAAUUCAAAGAUAAGACAAUUUUAACAAUUGCCCACAGAUUAGAAACCAUUCUUGAUAGCGAUAGAAUCAUUGUCCUCGAUAAAGGACAAGUCAAGGAGUUUGAUACUCCUAAGAAUCUUUUGAAAGAUGAAAGUACUGAAUUCUAUUCGUUAUGUAAACAAGGUGGAUAUCUUAAGAAUUUAGAUAUUGAUAAGCUUUAGUUUAUUC